AAUAGGGAUUAUCUUCAAAUGAUGAUAUGAUAUACUCUAUGACGCAUAAAAAAUAUCGUUGUGUCACUAUGAUGGCUGAGCUGCUGAAGAUUUGGCAUCUAAUAGUUUAUUAGCUGAGUUUCUAAUAUAUACAUUACAAGUUUACAGAAUCUCAUUCAUAUGAACAAAUAUGAUCAUUUUGUCAAGAUCACCCUUUCUCUUGGUUUUAAUAUCGCUAUCUUGGUUUGCCUUGGCAAUUUCCCUAGGAGAUUCAAGCUUAACUCAUUAUGGAGAUUUUCUCAAGUGCCUUUCGGAUCAUUCUAGUACUUCCAUCCCGGUCUACACCCCUCAAAGUUCUAAUUAUUCAUUAAUCUUGGAAUCUACUAUGGGAAACUUAAGAUUCAAUACAUCUUCCACUCUGAAACCCUUUCUUAUACUAACCCCUUUGAAAGAAUCCCAUGUUCAAACAGCUGUGAUUUGUUCAAGAAAGCAUGGAAUUCAAAUUAAAGUUCGAAGUGGAGGUCAUGACUUUGAAGGACUUUCAUAUAUAUCAGAUGUUCCAUUCAUUACUCUUGAUUUAUUCAACCUUGGGGAAAUUGACGUUGAUGUAAACGGUAAAGUAGCAUGGGUUCAAUCUGGUGCGACCAGUGGUGAAGUUUAUUACAAAAUCGCCGAAAAAAGCAACACUCUCGGCUUUCCUGCAACAACUUGCACAACUGUGGGUAUCGGUGGGCAAAUUAGUGGAGGUGGAUAUGGGUUCAUGUUAAGGAAAUAUGGUCUUGCAGCAGAUAAUAUCAUUGAUGCACGAAUAGUGGAUGUUGACGGUAGGAUACUCAACAAAAAAUCCAUGGGAAAAGGCUUGUUUUGGGCCAUUCGAGGAGGUGGAGGAGGUAGCUUUGGUAUCGUAGUUUCAUGGAAGAUCAAAUUAGUAACUGUUCCUCCUGUAGUAACUGUUUUUUCUGUGGGCAAAACCUUAGCAGAGGGUGCAACUUCACUUGUUCACAAGUGGCAACAAGUUGCACACAAGCUUCCUCACGACCUCUUCUUACAGCUCGGGUUAAGUGUAGUGGAUGCUACUCCAAAAGAAGAGAAAACAAUCCUAGCAACAUUCGACUCCAUGUAUUUAGGUGAUGCCAAGAAGCUUCAAACUAUUAUGCAAGAUAAAUUCCCUGAGUUGGGUUUGGAGAGUAAAGACUAUAUCGAAAUGAGCUGGAUUCAAUCCGUGCUCUUAUUCGAUGGAAUUCCUACCAACAGUUCUAUUGACAUCUUAGUGAAUAGGCCCCAAGCAAAGUCAAUGGGUAAGGGAAAAUCUGAUUAUGUGAAACAAGUCAUAGCACAAGUUGAGCUAGAAACGAUAUGGGAAAGAAUGUUAAAAGACGAGCAAAAUGGAAUGGUUCUUAUACCUUAUGGUGGCAAAAUGAGUGAGAUUGCAGAAUCCGAAACUCCUUUCCCACAUAGAGAUGGAACCUUAUUUAUGAUUUUUCACUUUGUUUUCUGGGACGAAAAACAAGUUCCGGAAAAGUAUAUUGAUCAGAUCAGAAGAAUGUACGAAUUCAUGACUCCUUAUGUCUCCAAGUCUCCAAGAGGAGCGUAUGCCAAUUACAGAGAUCUUAAUUUGGGUCAAACAAAUAUAAAUGGCACAUCCAGUUAUUCACAAGCUAAGGUCUGGGGCAGCAAAUACUUCAAAGAUAACUUCGAUAAAUUAGUAUAUGUGAAGAGCAGAGUCGAUCCAGACAAUUUCUUUAGAAAUGAACAAAGCAUCCCAAGUGUUGCACAUUAACGAUUCUGUUGCAAGAUAAAUAUUCCAAUAUUAGUAUGUACUAGGCUUCUAGCUGAUUCUUGACCAGUUUAAUAAAAUAAAGAUGGAAUGAAUUAUCUCUAUUUUCUCUUAAAUGACGUUAUGAAUAUCACCAGAGGGUCGUUUUGCAGCAGAGUGCAAGAAUCAGCUGAAAGAAGUUUGCGUCCUUGUCUCUCGCAAUAACUGCUGCAGCUGUUAAAGUGGGUGGUCAAAAUGUGAUGCAAAUGAGGAACAAAGAUGUGUGAUUCAAGAUGAAGCCUCAUGUGGUCCUGAAUUAGCAUGGCGCAAUGUACAUGCGUGCAGUUAUUCUUGCGGUAUUAAUUGACGCAAAACAAGUUUCUUGCAACUAGCUCCAGUACAUUUUAGAUAGACCACACGCUGUAUUCCUUUAA